AUGGCUCACGCUCACCCCCACCCUCACCCUCAUCCACCAGCAGGUAUGCCCGGCCCCGGUCCAGGUGGACCACCAGGAGGUAUACCCGUCAAUCCAGCAUUGUUAACUCUCCUCGAUUCUCUACCUCACAAAGAUGUCCCUUUCGCACUCCAGACUAUCCAACUGCCCACUCCGCCGAACGUACCUCCUCAGCAAGGUAUAGUCGUGACAUGUCCAGAGCAUGGUCAAUCCUCAUGUGAAGAGUGUAAUGUCGAUUUCAACGCUUUGAACUACAUGCACCAGUUCCUCAGAUCUGCUCCUCCAGAGGCUAUACCCCCUCCACCGACUGUUCAACCACCACCUCAGAGGGCGGAGAUGAUCAAGAAUCUGAAGGAGCAAGGUAAUACCGCAUUCAAAUCACAGCAAUUCCCAAAUGCCAUCCAAGCGUACUCGAAGUCAGCAGAUAUGGCCUUAUCGAGACCACCAUGGGAACUUGCCGCUCUGUCGAGGGAUGAAACUGCUAUAGCGUUGUGUAAUCGAUCGGCCGCUUUUGCAUUUGUGAAUGCUUGGGCAAACGCUUUGGCGGAUGCAGAAGCUGUGGUGAUACUGAAAAGACCAUGGACAAAGGGGCAUUUCAGGAAAGCCCGUGCAUUGGUAGGAUUGGAAAGGUUCGAAGAUGCCAAACAAGCUUUGAUUGAUGGACUGCAGUAUGAGCCUAAUGAUAAGGAACUGAACAACUUCCUCAAUGAGAUAGAAGAGAAAUUACGUCAAGCCGAAUCGGAAGAUUAG